AUGAAGUUCCCUCUCACCGCCCUCCUCGUUGUGGCCGUCAGCGUCCUCACUUCGGCGAAACCCCACAAGGCGCCCCUUCUCGGCCCCGCGGGCCCCCCGAUUAGCAGCACAGCCCGCUGCUCGCUUGAACGCUGGCCCGGCGCGGGCCCGGUUACUGUCACCAACAGCUACAUAGUCACUGCCGUCGUCGACGAGACCGUCUCCCGUAUUUGCUCCCGUCUCUGGCACAAUCUCAGCCGCUUCUCCUCGUGCGGCGCCAUCACGAAGCCGUGGUGCGAUGACCACAGCCGAGACGACAGGGUGAAGAUCCUAAACUGGGGCUUCACACUCACGGCGCUUUGCGACGAGGGCGCCGUCUCAUCGGCCUGGUACGAGGCGACCAGGAAUCGGUACGGCAAGAUCAAAUGCUGA